AUGGCCGUGCUUCCUAACCCACAUGAGCUUCUUCAACGGCUUCAGGAUUAUCGAGCAUUUGACGAAGCUCGUCAGUCAGAGUUCGAGUUUCUAGCCCAGACCUGUCUUCGCUUGAACACCGAGAGACUUACCCUCCAGAGCGACCUAGAUGACGAACGCAAUACCAGACGGACCUGGAAGAAACGGGCGGAAGAAGCCGAAGCAGCUGUGCAACGCAAGUUUGUCGUGGUCCUCGUUGACGCCGACGGCUACAUCUUUCGAAAGGCCUACUUCCAAGCUCUGGCCGCGUCGGGAGGCUCCAAGGCUGCGAACGAGCUCUACACCGAGGUGGUCAAUAAUCUGAGAUCCGCUGAGGCUGUACCAGCUAUCAACCCAGACUGUGAUGUCUUGGUUAAUAUCUACGCCAACAAGUCUGGCUUAGCAAGAACCCUGGCCGCCGCCGACUACCUUAACCAUCCUUCUCAGAUCGAUCAGUUCUUCUCUUCCUUCACCCAGAGCCGCAGUCUCUUCCAGUUCAUCGACUGUGGUCCGGGAAAAGAGAGGGUGGAUGCUAAACUACGAGACACCUUUCGCUUCUACGCCUAUAACGCCCAAUGCCAGCGUGUCUAUCUGGCCUGUUGCCACGAUAACGGGUAUAUCGCCGAGCUAGACAAGUAUCGUCACGACGCCAUCGUCAUGCCCAAGGUCAUGUUGGUCCAAGCAGCCCAGACUGCACCGGCCAUCCGAGCCUAUGCUGGCCUUCCCUUCCAAAGCACCAGAUUCGAUAGCGUCUUUGAGACCUCGCCUUUAGACAUUACUGCCCGAGCUGAAGCGUCGUACGGCCCCCCCGGACUCGACGCACUAACUCUGGAUUCGUCUCCAGAGCACACCACAAACGAUUGGACACCCAGUGCAAGCAGAUCCAGCUAUUCGUCCGUUUCGGCAGCGCCGCCCGGAUUGACACCACUAAUGCCGUUGUCUACGAACAGCAAGCCUGCGAACCAGGUCAAAUCACCCACCCCGCCAGCCGAGACGGCCACAGUAGCCAAGACAUCUGUCCAGCCGCCUCCCCAACCCCAGCCUCAACCGCUGGCUCAGACCCAGGCUCCCAACGGUGGAGGGGAAGCCAAAUCGGGAAUCCCAAUCAACCGUUUCGGCCAGCGAAUCGAUCUGAAGAUGAGAAUGCCCACCACCUCGGAAAUGGAGAGGUUCGAGGAGCGAAUCAGUCAACGCCGUAAGCUCUGUAAUGAGCACCACCUCCGCGACAACUGUGAAUCCUACAACUGCAGAUACGACCACGACCCGAUCGAUGCAGCCAUGAGGAACACUCUUCGGUCCAAAGCAAGAAGCAUCCCGUGUGGCCAGGGCUCAAAGUGUCGUCGCCAGGAUUGUUUCUAUGGUCAUGUCUGUCCCUGGGGCAAUACCAACUGUGUCAAUCUGAAAUGUGCUUUCCUCAAGGCGGGCUUGCAUGAUAUACGAGAUUUGGAGAUCGCCAAGUUUGUUCCAGCUCAACCGGGCCCAUGA